AUUACUCAUUUCUGUUCGUUUUGAUGAACCCGGAUGGCAGUGGUCCAGAUGCUUCUUUCCAGAACAUUUAGGUGAUACACAGUUGAAAAUGCGAAAUUAUGUUUCUGGUGCAGUUACUAUGGAACGCGUGGAGGUGCAAAAUGCUGACGAUGCAAUUAGAGAUGCAAAGAUUUUCGGGAAUCCUCAUGGCAAUCCUGGGAAAAAUUUAAUUCUUUUAUCUGAUGAUGAUACUGGCUUUAUGCCAAAGAGGAUCGAUAAUUUCUCAAAGGAGACACUACGCAUUUAUCAACAAAAAUGUGAAGCAUUUGAGACCGUUGUUCAUUCUUAUACAUCUUGCCCUUAUGCAUGGGAUGAACCCUAUUACCCACAUCGUCUAACCGUUGAGGUAACUGGAAAGCAUUGAAGGGUUUAGAUGCAAGGAUUAGAGGCAAGGCUGAAGGAGAUGCGUGGG